AUGUCUGCGUGCAGAAGGCUGGUUUACCUCGUUAAGCAAAGGAACCUUUGGACGCACAUCCAGAGGAAAGUCACCACAUGGUCUCCUGUCGGAGCUGCUUUUAAUGCCAAACCCCACAGGCGCCUGGAUCUCUUUGAGAAAAACGUGGGUUUGUUUGGAGUGCCAGAGCUCAGCUGUCCCGCAGGCUUCCAGGUCGUCACAAAGACUGCCCUGAAGAACACCGAGCGUCUGGUGGGGAAAGCCUGCUCCUGCUCUCCGGGGGUUCAGACAGUCGAGAGUUUUGACCAGCUCUCAGAUGAACUGUGCAAAGUGGCAGAUUUGGCAGACUUUAUAAAAGUAGCCCAUCCAGAUCCAGCGUUCCGCGAGGCUGCAGAAAAGACCUGCAUAGAGAUCGGCACAGUUGUGGAGAAGCUUAACACCAAUGUGGAGUUAUGCAAAAGCCUAAAGAAUUUACUGGACAACCCAGACGUUGUGGCUCGGCUGGACCCGGACACACGGCGAGUGGCAGAGUUGUUUAUGUUCGACUUUGAAAUCAGCGGAAUUCAUCUGGAUGACAAACUGAGGAGGGAGGCUGUCCGGCUUCACGUGAAGCUGCUGGACCUCAACAACGAGUUUCUGAUCGGCUCCCACAUGCCCAACAGAAUUGCCAAGUCUGCCAUCCCUGAACAUCUGCACCUGCAGUUUGCUGGCGAAGGAAGCUUCAUUCAGAUCAGUGGCUUGCACGCCGAUUCUCCCGAUGACUUGCUACGAGAGAUCGCCUAUAGGAUUUACCUGUAUCCCAACGCAGACCUGAUGAAAUGUCUGGAAGAGCUGCUGAAAUGCAGGUACAAGCUGGCCAAGCUCGUGGGCUACGAGUCCUACGGACACAGAGCUCUGAAGGGUACCAUGGCCAAAACGCCAGAAACGGUGAUGAGCUUUCUCCAGUUGUUAACAGACAAGCUGUCACACAGAACAGCAAAAGACUUCCAGAUGAUGAGAGACAUGAAGAAGAAACUCAGCCCUCGUAAUUCUGAGCUGAUGCCCUGGGACCACCCGUUUCUCAGUGGUGUCUUGCGUGCUGAAAGGUACAACAUCGAGCCCAGUCUGUACAGUCCCUACUUUUCCCUUGGUGCUUGUAUGGAGGGAUUGAACAACCUCUUCUCUCAGCUGUAUGGUGUGUCCCUCAUGUCAGAGCAUCCCAGUGCUGGAGAAGUUUGGAGCGAGGAUGUCCGCAAACUGGCGGUGGUGCAUGAAACCGAAGGUUUACUGGGUUAUAUCUACUGUGACUUCUUCCACCGGCCAGAAAAACCUCAUCAGGACUGCCACUUCACCAUCCGCGGAGGCCGCUGGUGCCAGGAAACGCAGCGCUACCAGCUCCCAGUUGUGGUGCUCAUGCUCAGUCUCCCCCACCCGACCAGGAGCGCCCCCACCCUGCUCACUCCCGGCAUGAUGGAGAAUCUCUUCCAUGAGAUGGGCCACGCCAUGCACUCCAUGCUGGGACGCACACGCUACCAGCAUGUGACAGGGACCAGAUGUGCAACGGAUUUUGCUGAAGUCCCUUCCAUCCUCAUGGAGUACUUUGCCACAGACUAUCGAGUCAUCAGCCAGUUCGCACGUCACUAUGAAACUGGACAGCCGCUUCCUGAGAGCAUGGUGGCUCGCUUGUGUGAGUCCAAAAAGGUGUGUGGAGCUGCAGACACCCAGCUGCAGGUCUUCUAUGCAGUCUUGGACCAGAUUUACCACAGCAGUCCACAGAACCACUCCACCACAGAAAUCCUGAAGGACAUGCAGCAGAAGUUCUACGGCCUACCUUAUACACCCAACACGGCGUGGCAGCUGAGAUUCAGCCACCUGAUUGGCUACGGGGCCAAAUACUACUCAUAUCUCAUGUCCAGGGCCGUGGCAUCCAUGGUGUGGAAGCAGUGCUUCGUCCAGGAUCCUUUAAACAGGGACAUGGGUGAGCGUUACCGCCGGGAGAUGCUGGCACACGGAGGAGCCAAAGAGCCCAUGCUGAUGGUGGAAGGUAUGCUGCAGAGGAGGCCCACCAUUGAGGACUUUGUGGACGCCCUGGUGUCCGAGCUCAACCCAAACUUUGAGACCUUCAUCAUGGACUCUGAAAGCUGA